CCCGGAAGUGAUGUGCGGGGGAGGAGUCAGGCGGCAAGAUGGCUGCGCGGGCUGCCUUCGGGUUUGUGUGUCGGGGCCUCUGGCAGAGUCCGAGUAUCUUUUCUCUAAGCCAUCCUAAGAACAUUACAGCAAAGAGAGAUGGUUUUCUUCUCAGCACCCAUUUGAAGUGGGUGCAGUUUUCGAGCUUGCAUAUGGAUGUCAGGAAUAGUAUGGAGAAACCUAAGAUCUCCAUUUCUGAUGAACCAGACACAUUAUAUAAGCGCCUCUCAGUUUUAGUAAAAGGCCAUGAUAGGGCUGUAUUGGAUAGCUAUGAGUACUUUGCUGUACUUGCUGCUAAAGAACUUGGUAUCUCCAUUAACAAGGUAUAUGAACCUCCAAGGAAAAUAGAACGUCUUACUCUUCUCAAAUCAGUACAUAUUUUCAAGAAGCACAGAGUUCAGUAUGAAAUGAGGACAUAUUACAGAUGUUUAGAGUUACAACAUUUGACUGGAAGUACAGCAAAUGUCUAUUUGGAAUAUAUCCAACGAAACCUACCUGAAGGUGUUGCCAUGGAAGUAACAAAGACCAGGUUAGAACAGUUACCAGAACACAUCAAGGAACCACUUUGGGAGAUGGUGGGCAAAGAAGAAGAAGCAAGCAAAGCAUGAAGAUGAUUUUCUUACAUCUGGUUUUGAAAUGGAAAUAUCUGUACGUCUGUGCCACGGAAUGAUUACACUCAGCAGUGUUUCUUUAAAAUCUCCUUUAUCUGCUCGUCUCUUUGUAUUAAGAAAUUUAACUUUGGUGGAAUGAACUACAGUGUAAAGGGCAUCUUUUAAAGUUAUUUUUAGCCUUUAUUAUUUCAGGUCCUGCUUUUAGGACCUGAGAGCAAGUUUUUUAAACUAUUGCAUGAUUCAAGAGAAAUGUUAAGACUGGUUCACACAGAUGUUAAUUCAGUAGCAUUGAUUGACUGGCAUUUGAAUGAAAUAUGUUCAUUUGAAAAACAGUAUAUUUUAAACUUAUUUCUUGUUUGGAUUUUUUUUUCUUUUUCCACUAUUGAGAGAAUUAUAAGCAUUUUUGAUCAUUUUAAUGUGAAACAUUGUCACUUUUUGAUAGUCUAUGUAGAAUUAUACCUUCAGGAGGAGUUGGUCUGUUAUUGUUAUUAACAGUUGGUGUCUUAUUGAGGUCCAGAUUGGGAAACGUCUUGUCUGAGAUCACACAGGCAGUUAAUGGGAGGUCACUGAAGUGUCGGACUCCAGUCCAGUUCUCUUUUUAUGCUGUAAUUUAUUAUUUUAAUCAUUAUUUUACUUUGAGAUCCUGUUAAUGUAUUGGCAGGCUUUUCAACUUUGUAUUGUUUGAGUCAGACUCAAUUCUUUAAAAUCAGGAGUUGUUUUGAGUUAAUUAAAUGAGCAUAAUUGUGAUGUUCUUCUGGUUAGGGAUGGAAGUGAUAGUUAAUGUUAACAUGGGGUGCAAUAAAGUGUAUAUAUUAUUUAUAGCUCAAAUUCCAAACUUUUUCUACCUAGGCUACAUAAUAGUGACAUGUGAGUUCACAAGAAAGUGGACACUGCAUUCAUGCACUUAUUCAUUAAGCAUUCAUCAUAUGCCUGCUUUGCUAGGUGCUGUGGGAGAUGUAAAAUAAAGAAGAGUAAGGUGAAUGGUAGAAGAAGAAAGUUGUGGUUUUAUAUAUUGCCUCUGGUUUCUACAUUAAUUAUAUUCAAUAUUUUUAUAAACACCUAGUACGGUGUCUUAUAUAUAUCAAGAUCAUUUCUCCUUUUCAAUGGAAAAAAAUACUUAAUACUUUUUAUCACUUUGGAGAUGACUUUGCUUUCUAUUCACUCAACAAAUAUUUGUUGGAUAUUUGUUGUGUUAGAUACUGAGUUAGAUGUGUGUAUAUUGGGUGAUUGACAAUAGUAUGGAGAACUAAGCCCACUAUUUAAGGAUAUUACAGCCUCGUAAUUAACAAUUACAACAGACAUUUUGUUUUGUAAAUUGAAAUACCAGUUCUUUCCUCAGCUUGGUAUCGAAUAUCACUGCUUUAGUGACAUAUUUUGCUUAUAUGUUAGAUAUAUAUCAUUCAUACAAAUAGAAUUACAAUAUGUGAAAAAAAUAAACACAACAGCCUUCUGUUUCAUGAUCUCUUCUAGCUUCUGCCUCCUCAGUAGUUUCUGUCAUCCAUAAGUGCCCCAAGCAGAAGUUCAAGUGUGGAAACAUAGUUCUAACUGCCAGAAGCUAGUUAAGCAGUUAUUAAAGGCAAAGAGAUUCUUAGUUGCAACAAGAUGGGAUGUACUGGGGAACUGAGCCCACUGUAGCUAUUUGUAACUACAGAGCAGAAUAAUUUGAAUGAUUUCUUUGGCUUCAGACCGAGAUUGCAAACACAGAAAUACAUACAUGUAUAUACACAUACAUGUAUACAUAUGCUGGGGUAGCCAGGUAGUGCAGCGAAUAGAGCACUGGGCUUGGAAUCAGGAACACCUGAGUUCAAAUCUGGUCUCAGACACUAGUGGUAUGACCCUAUGUAAGUCACUUAACCUCUGUCUGCCUCGAUUUCCUCAUCUCUAAAAUGGGGAUAAUAGCAUCUAUUUCCUGAUGUUGUGAGGAUCAGAUGAAAUUAAAUUUAUAAAUUACUUAGCACAAUGCCUGGGACAUGGUAGUAGUUAUAUAAAUGUUAGCUAGUAUUAUGUAUAUGUGUGUGAGUGUUUUUACGGGUAUAGACAGAGCUAGGUCCUGAUUAGAAUACAAGUGUAAUGAAUUACCCUGAAGUGGUUUCAUUUAAGGUAGUGCAUAUUUCCAUUGGCUUGGAACCAGUUACCAUAUUUUACAUAAUUAUAAUUUUGAGAAAUGUAGAUUCGAAUAUAUACAGCCCUUGAAAUUCCCAAAGAUCAGGCCCUAAUUCUCUGUGUGCAUGCAUAUGUAUAGAUACACACACACAGGUGCACCCGUCAGGUUUUCUGCUUUUUAAAAUACGCCAACUUCUGUAUCAUAAUGUUUUUUAGGUCCAGACCUGUGAUCUUAUGAUAUAGGGAAUUCCCACUAAAGAAACAUCCUCUACCAAUGCAGUCGUAUAACUGCAGUAUAACUUACAGCCUUAGGAAAUUGCCUGAGACACUAAGAGGUUGGGUGAUUUGCCUAGUAUAUGUAAGAAGUAGGACUUCAACCCAGAUGGUCUUGAUUUCAAGGCUAGCUUUCUAUGUACCAUGCGGCCUAUGGUUUAUAGCAGUGGUUCUCAGGGAUCUGGGGGUUUCCAGGUUUUUUAACUUGCAUGUCCAAAUUAUUGAUCUGGUUCUUUAUUGAUUAAAGUGCCUAGAGACAUAAAUUUUUCCCUAUACAUUUUGGGAUGCUUGGCCACAUCCCCCAAAUUAUUUAUGUUGUCUCAUUGUUAUGUUAUCUUAUUUUUAAUAAAGUUUACUAUUUAUUUAUUAUUUGA